AUGAACAACAUUGACGAGGAAUAUGAGCAGCUCGUUCAACACCUUCACGACUGCAGGAGGGAGGCUGAGAGUUUUAAAACCAGCAGUAGACGCCUGUCUCCCAAAACUCUUGAGCUGAUAGUCGCCGGGCUUUGCAGAGAGGCGGUAAAUGAAGACCUCAAAGGGAGAAUAACUGAAGUGUUGGCUGAAGCUGCAGACGCUGGAAAGAGCAUUACUCCCGCAUUACACUACUCCCGUCGAAAAUUCGCCAAACGAAAGACGAGGAUGAAUGCUCUCCGGAACCCGAAGGGAAGAACCAUUGCAUCGAGAAGGAAUGGAUGA